CGACUUGCACCAUGAAGAGUGUGCGCACAAACUCAGCGUCGCAGCCAUCGUCGGUGCCGGAAGAAGACGAAGAAGUGGACGUGUUUGACUCGUCUGUUCAUGUGCCACUGACGGCAGACUCCCCGCCAAAGCCAAGCGACGCCUGUGACAUCGACGUGGUCGAUGCCACCGCCGAGGAAAUGGUGACAAUUGACGUCAGUGGUAGUCCGCCCAAGCCUGCUGGAGCUACGAAUAAUCGUCGUGUCGCGGGUAGCUUGGAUCAAGUAGUUGCCGAUGUGUCUUCUCCCUCUGGUGGCAAGACCGACACGGUGCUGCGCCAACGCCGACAUGCCCCCCGCAAGACGCACAACGCGCUUAUUGCUCUUUCAUCUCUCGGCGACCAAGGCCCCGUGGACAGCUGCAUCAACACACUAUCACUGGAAAUUCAAGUGGCGUUCCGCGUCAAAGUGCUCGGGCUGUUCACGCUGCACUUGCUAGCGCUGUCACUGUUGGUCAUUAUAUUUACGUACUCGCCGCUGACGACAGACUCGUUGACGCGAUUUGCCAACAACGACACGGGCAUGGCGUUGGGGGGAAGCGUCAUCUUGUCCCUUGUGGUGCUCUGUGCACUGUACGUGGCCAAGCACACGUGCCCGUUCAACUUUGUACUCCUCUGCGUGUUCACGUGCAUCGAAGCGAUCGCGGUGACUGCGUUUGGGUUGUUCUUCGACACCAAGGCGUCGGUGCUGGCAUGCUUGGUGUGCUUUUUCGUGAUGGUGUUCAUGACGUUCUUCAGCACCCGCCGGCGAUUCGUCAAGAAGACGCGCCAUAUUGAGCUUUGCCACAGCGUUGUGGCCGGCAUUGCCGCGUACGUGCUGGUCACGACGGUCGCGUGCGUGGCGUUCGGGGCCCGUGGCACCGGGCUCAUGUCCGGCACGACGUUCGGCCUGACCAUGUUGUUUGCGUUUCCGGUCAUCAUGUGGUUUGCCUUUGACGCCCACUGCAUGUACCAAAUCAUGACCCCCGACGAGUACAUGUCUGGCGUGAUCUUCUUUUACACGGACCUAGUCCUCUUCCUGCUCUUUGUCGUCGUCAUGAUCGUCUGCAUUGCUGCUUGCGACGGGGGGGCGCCCAUGGCCUGCUUUGGGGGGUCCUGUGGGGUGAACAUCGACCCGGAACACGAUACCCUCCCGCCUCCGCAACCAGAUUCUGUCGGCAGCCCGUCGACUGCUUCUUCGCCCGUCGGAGGAAUAGAAACUGUAUAAUUCGAACCUAGGAUGAGGUGUGCCAUGUGCCUGCGUGGGGCUUCGAAAGGACGACAGUAUGAACCGACCUGUAUAAGGGAUUGUUCUUCAACGUACAAUGAUAAACUCUUCAAAGUCAACACUAACGUUAACUAUAUAGUUUAACGUGAAUUGACAAUGGAAACUGGAUUCUUG